AUGGAUAUUGAUCUGGACUAUGAGAGACCCAAUGUUGAGACCAUUAAGUGUGUGGUUGUCGGGGAUAACGCCGUGGGCAAGACACGCCUCAUCUGUGCCAGGGCCUGCAAUGCCACCCUCACCCAGUACCAACUGCUGGCCACCCACGUGCCGACCGUCUGGGCCAUCGACCAGUACCGCGUGUGCCAGGAGGUGCUGGAGCGCUCCCGGGACGUGGUGGACGAAGUCAGCGUCUCUCUGCGGCUCUGGGACACCUUCGGGGACCACCACAAGGACAGGCGCUUUGCCUAUGGCAGGUCAGAUGUGGUGGUUCUCUGCUUCUCCCUGGCGAACCCCAACUCCCUGCGCCAUGUGAAGACCAUGUGGUACCCGGAGAUCAAGCACUUCUGCCCACGGACACCCAUCGUGCUGGUAGGAUGCCAGCUGGACCUGCGCUAUGCUGACCUGGAGGCAGUCAACCGUGCCCGGCGCCCGCUGGCCAAGCCCAUCAGACCCACGGACAUCCUGCCACCCGAGCGGGGCCACGAGGUGGCCAAGGAGCUGGGGGUGCCAUACUACGAGACCAGCGUGGUGGCACAAUUCGGCGUCAAGGAUGUCUUUGACAACGCCAUCCGUGCCGCCCUCAUCUCCCGCCGCCACCUGCAGUUCUGGAAAUCCCACCUGAAGAAGAUGCAGAGGCCCUUGCUGCAGGCACCCUUCCUGCCUCCCAAGCCGCCCCCACCUGUCAUCCACAUCCCGGAGCCCCCCACCAGCGGUGGCCAGGGCCCUGCUGCCCUCUUCUGCACCCCCCUCUGUGCUGAUGUGGUCUUCCAGCUGCAGGGGGGGCACCGUGUCUUCGCCCAUCGCGUCUACCUGGCCACGUCCUGCUCCAAGUUCUACGACCUCUUCACCCUGGCGGGGUCGGCGAGCCAGGCUGGGGAGCCCUGUGGCGUGGUGCGGUGGGCGGCCAAGGAGCCAGCUGCCAGGACUAAGAGCCUGGAGAUGGAGAAGGGCCUCCUAGGUGAUGGGGCCCAGGCCCCUCUCAGGACUUCGCAGAGUGACGAUCCCCUGCGGCUCGUGCAGGGUGAGGGCCAGCAGCUCCCAGGGGCCGGGGGCCAGGAGCUGUCGGGCUGGGGACGGGGCUUUGUCAGCAUGCAGCUGGAGUUGGUUCAGGACCCCGUGACCCAGCGGGAGAAGCAGAUGACGGUGGUGUACAUGGACUACCUGGUCCAGCCGGGGCCCUUCCAGGCAGUGCUAGAGUACCUGUACACGGGCCACCUGGACCAGGGCCGCGCAGACCUCAUGCAGGUGGCCACCAUCGCCGAGCUGCUGGAGGUCUUCGACCUGCGCAUGAUGGUGGCCAACGUGCUGAACAAGGAGAGUUUCAUGAACCAAGAGAUCACCAAAGCCUUCCAUGUGCGCCGUGCCAACCGCAUCAAGGAGUGCCUGGGCAAGGGCGUCUUUGCGGACGUUGUGUUCCUGGUGGAUGAUGGGUCGGUGCCGGCCCACAAGCCACUGCUCAUCGCAGGCUGUGAUUGGAUGGUGGCCAUGUUCUGCGGCAACUUCCGGGAGAGCUACGCCACGGAGGUCUCCCUGCCUGGCACCAAGUGCGCCUGCCUGCGCGCCGUCCUGGAGUUCCUCUACACUGGCCACUUCACCCCCACGCCCGACCUGGACGCCAUGGAACUCCUGGUCCUCACCAACCGCCUGUGUCUGCCGCGGCUGCAGGCGCUCACAGAGCAGCACGCCGCGGAUGAGCUGCUCCGAGCCUACGUGCAGCAGGUGGAGAUCGACGAGCAGGUGAUCAUCUACCUGGAGAUGACUCAGUUCCACAACGCCCAGCAGCUGGCAGCAUGGUGCCUGCACUACAUCUGCACCAACUACAACCGCGUCUGCCGCCGCUUCCCCAGGGAGAUGAAGUACAUGGCGCCAGAGAACAAGGCGCACUUCGAGAAGCACCGCUGGCCGCCCGUCUGGUACCUGAAGGAGGAGGAUCUGUACCUGCGCUCGAAGAGGGAGCGAGACCUGGAGGAGCAGCUGCUGCGGAAGCAGCACACCCGCAGCAAGUGGUGCUUCUGGCGCCCCUCGCCCCACGUCUCCUGAGCCCUACCUGUGCCUUGCCGGGUGGGGACACCUGUGCAGACGAGCCGGGCUGGGAGCUGGGUCCCCAUCAUUCCCACCUCCAUGGGCACUGCAGCUGUCCCCCCUGCCCCCAGAGCCCUGGCUCUGGCAUGUUUACAGGCUGCCCCGGCCACUGCUGCCCUUAGCUUCCCUCUGCCUCUGCUGCAGCUGGGCAGUGCAUUGGUCCCCCUUGCCCUGCGGGGGGUGGGCAGGGGCCCCAAGCCCAGCAGAGCUGUGGGGAUCCCUCUGAUCUAGCAGUAUGGGGGCUGAGCGCAUGACUUUGCUGUGCUCUGGGGGGGAGGGCACCCCUGGGUGGGGGUUGGGUCACAGCUGUGCUGGGGAGGCUGUCCUUACCCUCCUCCCCUGAUGGUGGGGAUGCUGACAGGGGCCUCAGAGCAGCACUCCACCCCCCGCAGGGUUGGGCCUGCACCUCUUCUCCCUGUUCCCGGCUCCCCCUAGGCCUGAGGGUGGCAGAGCUGUGCAGGGGGUUGGAUCAGUGAGCUGAAGGGGAGAGCUGGGGGUGAGGAGUUCUCCUUGCCCCUGGGACACUAACAGAGUAGUGAGGGGGUGGCUGUGCUGGGGGCAAAGAUGUGGGCUGGAGCUGGGGGUGGAGCUGUAGGAGGGGGGGGUAUGAGCUGGGUGGGGGUGUGCAUGUGGGAGCUGGGUUUGGGCAGGAGAUUUGUGUGUUUUUCGGUAGUUGUAGGAGCUGCUCCCUUUACCCCUUUGUGCUUUGCCUGCUCUGGGGAUGGGGGCAGCCUGGAGCCCCCAACCGCCCCCUGUGCUCCUCUGUGCCUUUGACACUACAAGCCUCUUCCCCAGCUCGCCCUGUCUGGUGAGAGAGGCUGGGUCCCUGGGCUAUGGCCCCCUCCCCCUUUUUAUACACCUUGGUGCAUUAAGGGAACUGCCCCGUGCUGGCGGGGCCGCGCGUGCCACCUGCACAAUGGUUUUUACACUUUUCUAUGGACCCUGGCUCCUGCCAGGCCUCCCGGAGCACUGUUCCCACGCUGAGCCGUCCCCUCACUCCAACUAAAGGGCUGUUUGUAUCCACCUUUCUAACCACUGUGAGCUGGCCUGGCACUGCCCUGGUCUUUUUACACCUUGCAGUAUUGGACUGUUUUAACCUUUUAAUAAAACCUUUUGUAAUGUG